AUGGCUCCUAGCUUUGAUUUUUCCAACAGGUGGGUGAAGGACACUCAGAAGGGUACCCCGGUGGUGGUGACAAUGGAGAACCCCACUUUCUCUGUUGUAGAGAUUAAUGGUGCUGAUGCUGCAUUCAGGCCAGUGGAGAAAACCCGUGGCAAGAAUGCUAAGCAAGUCACAUGGUUCUUGUUUCUCAAGGCUUACCAUGCUAUUGGCUGUGUAUCUUGGUUAGCCACAGUUAUGUGGUCUCUGCUGGGAGCUAUAAGGAAGAGGUUGAUUCAUAGGGAGCGUGUGGUCUUGGAGAGUGAGAAGUUGGAGAAAGGGAUGCUGUUUAGGGUCAUCAAGGUGUUCCUCGUUAGUUCUUUGGUGGUUCUGGUGGUUGAGGUGGUGGCUUACUUGCAAGGUUGGCAUUUUGGGAAUCCCACUUUGCAUAUUCCUCGUACCUCGGAUUUGAAAGGAUUGAUGCACUUGGUUUAUGUUUCUUGGCUGAGGUUUCGUGCUGAGUACAUUGCUCCACCAAUACAGGCACUUUCAAAGUUUUGCGUUGUGCUGUUCCUUAUACAAUCAGUGGACCGAAUGUUGCUUUGCUUUGGGUGCUUUUGGAUAAAGCUCAAGAAGAUUAAGCCAAAGAUUGAUGAGGAUCCCCUCAAGGUUGAUGAUAUUGAAGGAUCUGCAUGUAAUCAUCCCAUGGUUCUGGUUCAAAUUCCCAUGUGUAACGAGAAAGAGGUGUAUGAUCAGUCUAUUUCUGCAGUAUGCCAAAUUGAUUGGCCAAGGGACCGUUUACUGAUACAAGUACUUGAUGAUUCUGAUGAUGAGAGCAUACAGUGGUUAAUUAAGGCCGAGGUCACAAAAUGGAGCCAAAAGGGAAUCAAUAUAAUCUACAGACAUCGCGUAGUCCGGACCGGAUAUAAAGCUGGGAAUCUCAAGUCUGCAAUGAGCUGUGACUAUGUGAAAGACUAUGAAUUUGUUGCGAUUUUCGAUGCAGAUUUCCAGCCAAAUCCUGAUUUUCUUAAGCAAACUGUGCCAUAUUUCAAGGACAAUCCUGAAUUAGGCCUUGUCCAAGCUCGAUGGGCUUUUGUGAAUAAGGAUGAGAACUUGUUGACACGUCUCCAAAACAUUAAUUUAUGCUUCCAUUUUGAGGUAGAACAGCAGGUCAAUGGUGCAUUUCUCAAUUUUUUUGGAUUUAAUGGAACUGCUGGUGUUUGGAGAAUCAAGGCCUUGGAAGAAUCCGGGGGCUGGCUCGAGAGGACAACUGUAGAAGAUAUGGAUAUUGCUGUCCGUGCUCAUCUCAAUGGUUGGAAAUUCAUCUUUGUAAAUGAUGUAAAGGUCCUCUGUGAAGUUCCUGAGUCCUAUGAAGCUUAUAGGAAGCAGCAGCACCGGUGGCAUUCUGGUCCAAUGCAACUUUUCAGAUUGUGUCUUCCAGCAAUUUUGAGAUCUAAGAUAUCAGCGUGGAAGAAAGGGAAUUUAAUACUGCUAUUCUUUCUGUUGAGAAAACUCAUUCUUCCCUUUUACUCCUUCACCUUAUUUUGCAUAAUUCUUCCUAUAACCAUGUUUGUCCCGGAGGCUGAGCUUCCUCUAUGGGUGAUCUGCUAUGUUCCUGUAGCUAUGUCAUUCCUCAACAUUCUUCCUGCCCCAAAAUCUUUUCCUUUUAUAGUUCCAUACCUUCUUUUUGAAAACACCAUGUCUGUCACCAAAUUCAAUGCCAUGGUGUCUGGACUCUUCCAGUUGGGUAGUUCUUAUGAAUGGAUUGUCACAAAGAAGGCUGGCAGGUCAUCAGAGUCUGAUUUAAUGGAGGCCUCAGAAAGGGAGGCUAAAUCAUAUAUGGAACAGCAAAAGAUCCAUAGAGGAGCUUCUGACAGUGUACUUGUUGAAUCAUACCAAUGUAAGGAACACAAAGAAACAAGUGGCACACCUGUUAAGAAAGCCAACAAAAUAUACAAGAAAGAGUUGACUUUGGCAUUCCUUCUUCUCACAGCUUCAGUCAGGAGUUUGUUGUCUGCACAAGGAGUUCACUUUUACUAUCUUCUUUUCCAAGGGAUCACUUUCCUCCUUGUUGGUCUUGAUCUAAUUGGGGAACAGAUGAGGUAG